GCACUUUUCCCCCGACUUUAGGAGUGUUUGUGGAUUUACAUGCCAAGCCUUCAAGAUGAUGUCCAUGAACAGCAAACAGCCGCAUUUUGCCAUGCAUCCCACCCUACCUGAGCACAAAUACCCCUCUCUACACUCCAGCUCGGAAGCAAUAAGAAGAGCAUGUCUACCAACUCCACCGCUGCAGAGCAAUAUCUUCGCCAGCCUCGAUGAGACCCUGCUGGCGCGGGCCGAGGCUCUGGCCGCCGUCGACAUCGCCGUCUCGCAGGGCAAGAGCCACCCGUUCAAGCCGGACGCCACCUACCACACCAUGAACAGCGUGCCCUGCACCUCCACCUCCACCGUGCCCCUGGCGCACCACCACCACCACCACCACCACCACCACCAGCCGCUGGAGCCCGGCGACCUCCUCGACCACAUCACCUCCCCCUCCCUGGCGCUCAUGCCCGGCGGAGGCGGCGGAGGCGGCGGCGGCGGCGGCCACGACGGGGCGGGCGGCGGCGGCGGCGGGGCCGGCGGCGGCGGGGGCGGCGGCGGCGGCGGCGGGGGCGGCGGCGGCCUCAUCUCCACCUCGGCCCACCCGCACUCGCACAUGCACGGCCUGGGCCACCUCUCGCACCCGGCCGCCAUGAACAUGCCGUCGGGGCUGCCGCACCCGGGGCUGGUGGCCGCGCACCACGGGGCCGCGGGGCAGGUGGCCUCGGCGGCGGCGGUGGUGGGGGCGGCCGGCUUGGCCUCCAUCUGCGACUCGGACACGGACCCGCGGGAGCUGGAGGCCUUCGCCGAGCGCUUCAAGCAGCGCCGCAUCAAGCUGGGGGUGACCCAGGCCGACGUGGGCUCGGCGUUGGCCAACCUGAAGAUCCCGGGGGUGGGUUCCCUCAGCCAGAGCACCAUCUGCCGCUUCGAGUCCCUCACCCUCUCCCACAACAACAUGAUCGCCCUCAAACCCAUCCUGCAGGCCUGGCUGGAGGAGGCCGAGGGGGCCCAGCGGGAAAAAAUGAACAAGCCCGAGCUCUUCAACGGGGGCGAGAAGAAGCGCAAGCGGACUUCCAUCGCCGCCCCGGAGAAGCGCUCCCUGGAGGCUUACUUCGCCGUUCAGCCCCGGCCCUCCUCCGAGAAGAUCGCCGCCAUCGCCGAGAAAUUGGACCUCAAAAAGAACGUGGUGCGGGUUUGGUUUUGCAACCAGAGACAGAAGCAGAAACGGAUGAAAUUUUCCGCCACCUACUAA